ACGGCAAGGCAGGCGCUCGACAUGAAUUAUUUUUAAUCCGAUUUAUGUGUAAACUACAAUAAUACAAUAACUUGGGAUUGUUAUAAAGAAAUCACGACCUUGUCUCUCAUCAGACGUUGCCAUGGGUCGUACGCAACGCAAAAGAAGACAUAAAAAAGCUCGCAAUUUCCACACUUGCAACGAAAGCACAGAAAUAGUUUUAUUAAACUCCUGGCUGAAGAAACAAGGUAUGAAAUGUAACGAGAAGCUUGUACUGGCUGUAUUUGACGACACUGGCCGCGGCGUGCUGACAAAACGAAAGAUAAAGGCCGGAGAGGAGUUGCUAAAUCUACCACUUAAUUGCACUAUCAAUGUAACUAGUAUUUUGAUGGAUGUAGACUUUUGCAGUAUAUUUUUAGUGAACAAAGCACCAUGUGUGGUAGAGUACAAGCGCAAGGUAUCGUUUCAAUCAUUAAUGGCUAUGUACUUAGUGUUCUUAAAAAUACAGGGAUCCAAAACAAAAUGGUCAAUAUACUUAAAUAGUUUACCUAAAGAAUAUACAGUUCCUUAUUUUUUGCCAAACUACCUAAAGUGUCACAUUGACACUGAUAUCUUAGCUGUGAUUAAUAAACAAAAUGAAAUUAUUAAGACAUCAUUCCAUAUUUUUGAAAAAAUUUUAGAGAACAGUAAUAGUGACAAAGAUGCUGUUAUUAAAUUAAAAGCUAAGUUUACAAUGUCUGUUUAUGAAUGGGCGUAUUUCACAGUGAAUACAAGGUGUGUUUAUAUGGAUCUAUCAAAAUUAGUUGAUCUCAUAAAUGUAGAAAAUUCAAUAUUAAAUCUUAUACACGAUAAUACUAAAAUAUCACUAUGUCCUUACUUAGAUAUGAUAAAUCAUAGCCCCAGCGCUAGAAACGAAACUAAAUUAAUGGUUAGCUUUAAUGUAAAAAAUAUCAAUGUAAAUUAUUUAAAUGACAAAUUAUUUUCCGAUGUAUGGUUCUCAAUAUAUACAAAAAGUCAUUUUGAUUCAUAUACCGAAGUCUACAUAUGCUAUGGGGAUAGUCACAAUCUGAAACUUAUAACGGAGUACGGUUUCUAUUUACCAGCCAAUGAUCUUGAUUAUGUAUCAUUUAAUUUUGAGGAUGUUUUAAUCUUUUUGAAAUCUAAAUUGAUAAAGUUAUCACAAGACCAAAUGGCAUUUAUUCAUAAUCAUGGUUUGAAUAAACAUUUGUAUAUUGAUUUGAGAGGUUUGAGCUUUAAUUUAUAUGGAUUAUUAAUGGUAGUAAAGUAUUACUACAACCAAAGUCAUGAUGUCAGCAGAAUGCUCUAUUCUGCAGCUUUAUGUUCAAAUGACAAACUUUUAAAUGAAUUGAUAACACCAAUGGUUAGAGAUAAGGUAGUAAGUGUCAAAGAGUCUCUUAGUAAAUUAGAAACUUAUGAAUGUGAUUAUGUUUUAAGUAAUUGUAUAGCACUCAUGUCUCAGUAUGUUGUUAUAUUAGAAAAAUUUAUUAAAUACUAA